AUGAGCAAUGCAUCUGGCUGUUUCUCUGCCUCGGAAUGCCGCCACGCGCUGGAUGCGUCGUCGGUCGUCGCGCCGUCGUCGCGCCCCUACAAGCCGGUGCGGUCGCGCGGCAAUAUCUUUGUGGCCUCCAAGGGCCUCUUACGAGCCAAGCGGCAGCUGCUCCGGCACCACCAAUCGAUCGUGCAGCGCAAGCGCGAAAUGGCCAACUACGCUGAGCGCCACGAGCGCGUGCUGGAUCAGUACAUGAUCCGUGCCCGGGCGCCGUUGCCGGCCAGUGGAUCCGAUGAAGUCGACGCUCUGCUCUUCCACCCUUCGGACAUGCGACUCAAGCUGUGGCAACUCGUUGUGGCGCUCUUUAUGUACUACCAAGUGGUGUGGAUCCCGUAUACCCUCGCGUUCGAGUCGACCCUGCCACCGUCGCGCGACUUAGGGUACCUCGUCACAACCGGCGUCUUCUCGCUCGAUAUUCUUGUGUCGCUCAACACGGCGUACCGCGAGUCGACGACGAAGAAACUCGUGACGAGCCGCAAAGCCAUUGUGGCGCGCUACCUAUCGAAAGGUUUGUUCUGGGACGUACUUGCGGCGCUCCCGAUCGACUUGCUCGUCUACUAUGGCAUUCUCUACGAGGCGGCUCCAAGGCCCGGCAAUUGGCACUACUUUAGCGUCCUCCGCAUCGUGCGGCUGCCGCGGCUUGUGCGCCUCUCGAGCUUUAAGCACCUGCUUCAGUUUUUUGGAAUUCCUGUCGAGCAGCAGCGCUGGCUCUUGCAUUCGCGCUACGCCCACCUCGUGCGUCUCUUGGCGCUCAUUCUCGGCCUUGCCGUCGUCAUUCAUACGCUCGCGUGUGUCUGGUACGGCGUGAUCGCGGACCCGAACUGGGUCCACGACAUGUAUUUGACCAACGCGAGCGCUGUCGACGUGUACAUUCUCUCCUACUACUAUACGAUCACGACGGUCUAUGGCCAGAGCUCGACGAUGCAAACGAAUACCGAGUACGCGUUCUCGACCAUUGUGAUUGUGCUCGGGUCGCUCCUCAUUGCGCUCGUCUACGGCAACGUUGCCGUCCUUGUCGACCAAUUUUACGACGAUCAAAACAGCUACAAACACAAGGUCCGCCCUUUUUGUUAUUUUACAAACAUGCAGCUCAUGCGCUUGCCACGCGAGCUCCAGCGACGCAUUGUGUCGUACUACCAAAUCAUGUACGACCGCCACGGCACGCUCGACGGCCAGCCCGAGCAGUUUACCAAAGAGCUCUCGAAAAACCUCUCGGUCGAAGUCGAAUUGUUCCUGCGCAUGAACAUGCUUACGCGGUUGCCGCUCUUUCGCAACUGCUCGAGCGAAGUCGUCCAGGAGCUGGUGAUGCGCCUCCAUUUUCGAGUGUUUUUACCGCAAGAUUACAUCAUUGUCCGCGGUGAAGUCGGCCACGACAUGUACUUUAUCGCGCACGGGCAGUGCGAAGUUUCCAACCGCGGCAUGGCAGCGUCCCCCGCAACGACCAAGAGCUCGCUUCGGGACGAAAAACCCUUCCAGGUCAUGACCCAAGGCGACUACUUUGGUGAGAUUGCCCUUCUCUUCAAUUGCAAACGUAUGGCGACCGUGGUGGCCAAGACCUUUAUGGAGCUUUGUGCCCUUACGCGUGACGUGUACGAAGCCGUCAUGGAGCGGUAUCCCGAAGACCGCGCCGUGAUCGAAGGCGUCAUUCGAGAAAAGUACGGCGCGGCCGAGCUCGAGGAAACCAUCAAGCAACACGCGAAACGCAAGCAGACGUCGUACGACCACGACGCCGCGGUCGUCCAAGGCCUCAACAAGCUCAACGAGCGUCUCGUGCAAGUCGAAGACUGCAUGGCCGAUCUCAGCGCACGCCUUUCGGCGCUCACGACCGCUAAACACCAAGCCCUCCAUCCACUAUAA